UCCGCUUACAUUUAGGCAGAACAACAACACUGCAGAGCUUAGUGCUCAAUUUUAUUUUAUUUUUAAAUCUCUAAUAAGAAUUCAAGAAAUUUAGAUAUUAAACAUAUUUGGCAUUCGCUGUCAGUCUGUACUUUUAAAAAAUCAAGUCAUCGCCGAUACCCGUGCGUUGUUGCAAUAAUAGCUGCAGCGAUGAAGGAAGAUGUCCCUGCAGUUUCUUGAAAUGCUGCCCAAGCUCAAGCACUCUGGUGAAAUCAAGGCACAAUGCUGGGAUCCAACACAGAAUCGGACACACUAGAAAACGUAACUUCAGAAAUAGACAACACAAACAACGAAGAGAUGCCACCUUAUCUGAGGGAGGAGCCACCAGAAGAUUCUGACAAAGACCACCCAAAAGCAGAGUCUGGAGUGAUCUGGAGAGUAACGGGAGGCCUCUUCAAUAUGACCCGGGGAGCUGUGGGAGCCACUCUAGGUGGGGUUGCCUGGGUUGGCAUCAAAAGCUAUGAGCUCACCAAGACAGCAGUGACGAGCGUGCCUGCAGCGGGUGUCGGUUUGGUGAAAGGAAGCGUCUCCAUGGUAACUGGAGGAGUUGGGGCUGUGGGCUCCGCUGUCGCCAGCAAAGUUCCCUUCACACCAAAGAAGAAGGACAAGUGUGAUUAAAUCAUGUGUGCUGUAAUCUGUGUUUCUUUAUUUUUGGAUACAUCUGGGAUACACCUGAGUAUAGAUAAGUGACUGUACCAGGGUAGGUACUGACUGAGAAAGUGACCAGCAGGAUGUAUUAGCUUUCUUUUAAGGUAGUCUAUCCCUGCAGUGCUAUUGUCAUUUCACUAUAAAAAAUAAGAUCUCCUUUCUUGCUUAGUACUUGUACAAGUUUCUAGACAGAAAGAAAAAUACAAUAAAAAUGUGUUUGAAACUUUCUAUAUGAACCUAAGAGACAUACAAAUGAACCAACACAGUGCACACGGUUUGCUAAAUUACUGUUUACAGAUAAUUAUUUUGCUAAAUCUGGAUUCUGAUGGGUGGCGGGGGAGGGAGGGAGCGAGCUUACAGAUUUUAAUCUGUCCCCAGGAUGCCUCAUCAUAUUUUCAAUUUUUGAUGGGUUUUAAAGUAGGACACUGCCAACUCGUUCUCAUGCACGUUAAUAUCCACCGACUGAUCUUUUGCCUCGGACCAAAUUGAAAAAUAAAACUCUUGGGCUAGACGAGGCUCUCCGAUCUACAGUACAGCCAGGCUUGCUAGUGAAGUGAGACUCGUGGAAAUGCUAUGCACAAUAUCCUUGUUCUAGGGAAUGAGCUACAGUCCCUGAGACUUACAUUUUGAAAAUAAACCUUCCAUGUUCACAAGGCUUUAUAAUGAACACCCUUAUGUCUGUCAGUUUAGAAGUGCCUUCUGAUCUUAGAAUGCAUCCCUUUUAUGACCGAACAUCCUGAAACAUAUAUAUUAUACAUAGCCCUAGACACCUUGCUUUGUCGUGUAAUGCAUCUUCAUGUACCUACUAAUGUAUUUUUAACGCUGUGCCUCCUUCCAGUAGAAGUGGACCAGGCACAGAAUUCAACAUACUGUAUACAAUCUUAGUAAACUUACUUUGAAAUAUUGAGCAGCAUAUUCGUUUAGUUAGUUAGAACAUUCAAAUGUUUUCAUGGUACCAGAGAUCUGUUUUUUUGUUUUGUUUUGUUUUCAAUUGUUUAAGCAUCGCAAGGGUGAACAUACCCAGUGUGUGGGUAAGAUUUGAGGGUAUGGGAAAAUAUUAAUGUUAUUCCGUAACCUUGUGUACACUGUUUUUGCAUAUAUGCAUUUUAAUGUGCCUAUGUCGUUUAGCGAAAUGGUGAAAUGUGCUACUUUUCCCUUGGGGUUAAUUACAUCAAAUGGUUUGACAUUCGAGGAAUUAAUACAAUUCCAGUCGGAGAAGUGGGUAUUCACGAGUGUUAGUGAUACAAAGAAAUACAGUGUGUUCUUUUAAAAGAGGGAUUUACUGAAGCUGAGGAAUCUACUAUGUUAGCUCCAUUGUUAGGAGAGCUUUCCUCUACAACAUGGUCUUUUCUCAGUCCUGUUAAAAUACGACAAAAAGGACAAUGUGAUGUUUGGUGUAUUUUUAUUGUUUUAUUUUCAUUCCUGAUCCAAUUACUUUAUCUACUUAUAAGUCACUGUGAUUUUUGUUCAUUAGGUAGUAAUAUUUGCAAUGGAACUCUCUGGUUCAGCAUGUUAGUAAUGUACAUUGCAUGCUUAUGAGGCUGUAGCUAUGUAUAUACACAUAUAUAUAUUCUAUAUAUGUUUUUCUUCCAAGAUUUUGUGUCUUUUCCUGUUCUACACAUAAAGGCAACGUAGGGAAUAUUGUAAUGUCGACUCUAGUACUGUAAAUCAAACUAAAAGAGCAUUUAGAUUUUGUCAAUUAUAGAACUAUUUUUGCAAACCUGAUGCUGUAUUCUAUUAAAUAAACUUUAAUCUGUA